AUGGUCCUCGUCAACCAGCUUGCUGCCGCAUUGGCAGUGUGCACUACCUUGACGGUAGCAGCACCCACCAAGGGGAAAGCUCGUUUCAAUGUUCCCCAGGUCGCUAUCCCAAUGACCAAGGUGCACCAUCCUGCUGUUGCUUAUGCCCGUGCGCUGCACAAGUUCGGCAUCAAGGUCCCCAAGGCGGUGGAGGAUGCCGCAAGGGGAAGUGUUCCUACUACACCAACCCCAAGUGACGAGCAGUACGUGACCCAAGUCACUGUUGGACAGGGGAAACUGAACCUUGACCUCGACACCGGCUCGGGCGACCUAUGGGUUUUCUCGACUGAGACGCCUCAAAGCCAGAGUCAGGGGCACAACCUUUACCAGCCCAGCUCAAGCGCGAAGCGUCUCGAUGGAUACUCCUGGGAAAUUAGCUAUGGCGACAUGAGCUCCGCCGGCGGAGACGUUUUCCUUGACACCGUCAGCGUCGGUGAUGUAACUGCCAGUUCCCAGGCUGUCGAGUCCGCACAGAAAGUCAGCGACCAGUUUGCUAAGGAUAAGGCCACCGACGGCUUGAUGGGGCUUUCCUUCAGCGUCCUCAACACCGUUCAACCAAAACCACAGACGACCUUCCUUGACACUGUUCUGAGCCAACUUGAGAAGCCGCUGUUCACAUGUACCCUCAAGCAUGGCAUGCCAGGGUCAUAUGAUUUUGGAUAUAUUGACGAUGCCAAACAUACCGGAGAUAUUGCCUAUACUCAGGUCGACAACAGCAACGGAUGGUGGGGAUUCACGGCCGACAGCUACUCGGUUGGAGGGUCCAACGGAACUUUCAACGGAAUUUCACGCAGAAGGGCCAGUGGAGGCUCUAUUAGCGGCAUCGCAGAUACUGGAACCACACUCAUGCUCCUGAGCGAUGAUGUUGUUUCCGACUACUACGGACAAGUCCAGGGCGCACAAAACAGCCAACAGCAAGGUGGCUGGAUAUUCCCUUGCAGCGCCCAGCUUCCCGAUUUCACUCUUAGCAUCAGUGGCUACAAUGCUGUUGUUCCAGGUGAAUACAUGAACUACCAAUCACUCGACGGAACCAACUGUUUCGGAGGCCUUCAAUCUAACGGUGGCGCCGGAGUCCCAAACAUCUUCGGAGACGUAUUCCUCAAGAGCCAGUUUGUGGUGUGGGACACUCAAGGUCCACAGAUCGGAUUUGCUCCUCAGGCAUAG